AUGGCCGCGGAAAAGAGGGACUGCUGCAGCAGCAGCAGCAGCAGCAGCAGCGAGCUCAAGGCGCCUCCCUCCCCCUGCGCCUCAGGUGUCUAUACACCCCACCAAGCGCAUGCGCCGGUGCACCUGCAGUGGGAACCGCUGGUCCUCUCUGACUCCAGCCCUCCUUCGCAUGCAACAACAACAACAACAACAACAGCAGCAGCUGCUGCUGCUGCAGCAGCAGCAGGCGCUGCUGCUGGUUCGUGCAGCAUCGGCACCUCUUCGCUGUAUACAGAUGUGCGGUUAGCCGAAGCAGCAGCAGCAGCAGCAGACGCUGCUGCGUCGCUGGCAGUGUCUUAUUCCGUGCCGGACGGGGGCGGCAGCCGUUUCGAUUCUUCUGCUGCUACUGCAGCAGCAGCAGCAGCUGCUGCUGCUGCUGCUGCUGCAGGAGCGUCUUCUGCCGAGGGGUGUGGCGUUGGCGUGCCUGUACAGCCGAGCUCAGUGCCCUACUUCUCGGUCAGCAGCGAGGCUGCAGCAGUGCAGCAAGAAGUGGUGCUGCUGCCGUCCGCAGCAGCCGACACAGCAGCAGCAGCAGGAGCAGCAGGAGGAGCAGCAGGAGGAGCAGCAGCAGGAGGAGGAGCAGGGGGCGGCGCUGGCGCGGCCUGCGGGCCGGCGCAGGAGUCCUCGCUGGCGGCGGCGCCCGCCCCCGGCGCGCCCAGCAGCAGCAGCAGCAGCAGCAGCAGCAGCAGCAGCAGCAGCAGCAGCAGCAGCGGCGGGCGGGGGCGGGCGCUGGUGGCGCUGGAGCUGCUGGAGUGCGGGGUGUGUCUGGAGCGCAUGCAGCCGCCGAUUUUCCAGUGCAAGGAGGGGCACACUUUGUGCUGCUGCUGCCAGCAGCGGCUGCGCUGCUGCCCCAGCUGCCGCAGCACGGGGCUGGGCAUUCGCUGCAGAGCUUUGGAAGUUCUGGCGGAGUGUCUGAGCGACUUGCCGUGUCGCUUCGCGCCGCUGGGGUGUACGUACACCCUGCGCUACAGCGAGCUGCUGCAGCACGAGGCGCGCUGCCUCAAGCGCCCGCUGCUGUGUCUCCACGCGGACUCCGGCUGCUGCUUCGAGGCUGCGCCGCAGCAGCUCGCCGACCACCUGCUGCAGCAGCACGGCUACGAGUACCGGCCCUGCAGCAGCAUCCGCUUCCGCUGCACGCCCGCCAACUGCAGCAGCCGCCGCAGCAGGCCCGACGCGAAGGCCCGCAGCAGCAGCAGCAGCAGCAGCGGCGGCAGCAGCAGCAGCAGCGGCGGCGGCGCGCCGCGCUGCGCGGAGCCCGCGGACGCCGGCGACGCCCCGCAGCCGCAGCCGCAGCCGCAGCAGCAGCAGCAGCAGCAGCAGGAGCUGCAGCAGGAGCUGCAGCAGGAGCUGCAGGGCAACGAGUCGUUCGUGUGGCAGCAGCAGCUGUACCACUGCUUCGGGAAGUACUUCGUGCUGCGGGUGCACCGAAAAGUGGAAGCAGAAGCUGCGUUUUACGUGUCAGUGGUGGCGCUGCACCCGCGGCACCACUGCAGCCGCUACUCUUUGCAGGUUUCCGGAAACCACCGCGCGUACAGCUUCCAGGGGCCCGUCUGGUCCGCCUCCCGCGGCUUCAAGGAGCUCGAAAGGGUCAAAGAUUGUUUAUUAUUGCCGGAAAACAUCGCGUUGUUUCUUUCGGGCGCGAAGGGCAGCGAGCAGAACCUCAACGCCAUCAGCCUCAGCGUCACCGGCGAGAUCCUGCCUUCCUGA